UGCCUUCUUGUUUUGUUUUGCUUUGGCUUUAGUUCCAGCAGACUUCGGAGCAUGCCCUCUUCUCCUGCUCGGUGGUCGAUGUCUUCACCCAACUCAACCAGAGUUUUGAGAUAAUCAAGAAACUGGAAUGCCCAGAUCCUGCCAUUGUGGCCCACUACAUGCGGCGCUUCGCCAAGACCAUCGGGAAGGUGCUGAUGCAGUACGCGGAGAUCGUCUCCAAGGGCUUCCAAGGCUUCUGCUCCAAAGAGAAGGUGGUAAGUCCUUCCACUCCACUUGUUCCCAGGCGUCAGGUGGGCAACGUCCUUCUGCUGCAAAGCUUGCAGGGGAAACCGCCUGGCGCUGCCGUGGUUGUGGCCUGGCGCACCUUUCAGCCAGUCUUGAUGGAGGCGCUUCGGUGUGGCUUGGUGUAUCAGCAACCGGCAUGUCCCUGAGAGAUCCUGGGGAGCUUCCCACAGGAUCCUGUUGAGAUCCUAUUGCCGACCGAUUUCCCCAAGCAGGCAAGCCACGGCCGCCUUGACCAGGUCUCUGUACAGACAGAGCAAAGCUGUUGCAGCUUGAAGGGAUUCAAAGCACCAGGCAGUAUCUCUCCCUGCUAGCAGGAAGGAGCAGGAGGCGGCGGCUGGAGCCUUAGCAUGCCCUCGGGAGAGGGGCGAAGGUCUUCCUGGCCUGGCCGAGGGUCCAUUGCCUCCCGUCCCCUUGUGAGCCAAGAGCCCCAGAAGACUGUUGUUCGUUUCUCCUGGCAGAAUCCUGCCCCCAGCCCUCCUGAGGGCACCGUGCCCUGGGGCGCACCUCUUCCCGAGUCCUCUCA